AUGUGUUCGUCAACAUCUUAUUUUGGCAUAAUAAGAAGCAUGGAUUCUCCAGUAGAUUCGACAGAUGGAUUUUCAACCUAUGAGGACACUCUUCGACCACCGACGCAGCUCAAGGAGCGAAAAAAAACAGAAUCACAUUUACCUUUCAGUGUGGAUGCGAUCAUGUUGGAUAGAAGAAUUCCUGGCGACGGAGGGAGACGCCACAGCGGUACGAUAAUCUCUCCCCUGGGGAAUUACUCUAUAUCCGUGUCCAGAGAGGCGUCUAGUGAAGAAGACUUUCCUCACAACAUUGACCCGUCUUCUUCGACAGUUAAAUCAGAGACGUCGGAACCAGGGGACUUUGCGUCCAAUUUGGCUCCAGUGCUCAACCAGCUCAGUCCCUCCUUGAGGAAACACAAGACCAACAGGAAGCCCCGGACCCCCUUCACCACCUCACAGCUCCUGUCCCUGGAGAGGAAGUUCCAUCAGAAACAGUACCUGUCCAUUGCAGAGCGGGCUGAGUUCUCCUCCUCCCUGUCCCUCUCAGAGACCCAGGUAAAGAUCUGGUUCCAGAAUCGACGGGCUAAAGCCAAGAGACUACAGGAGGCAGAGGCGGAGAAACUCAAGAUGGCUGCCACAGGUGUUGGAUCCAAGCCGGGGUUCUAUCACCCGGGGUUCUCCUCGCUGCCGUUCCCCCUCUGUGUCAGUCUGGGGGGUCUGGGUGGGUGGGUCUCAGGGAUGUACGGAGGACAGGGGUUCCCCUUCAGACGCACCCCUCUGUUAAAAACAGAACCACAUCUGGGGGUGUACACCUCACCUAUGGGGUACGGACUGUUCCACCUGUCCUGA